GUAACACAAGACAAACCGGGUCAUCACUGCUGUGUUUUUGUUCUCUUGUAAUUAUCCGUCAGCGUGGGAAGAAGACAAGUCUUGUGUUUCUGGGGUCGUUAUUUUGGGUAUAAAUACAGACUCACGUGCAUGAGUUGUCGUUUUUUUUUUUUUUUUUUUAAAGUCUGCGGUUUGUUCUGUACGAUAUUAUAGAAAUGCAGCCCGUUUGUACAAACGCGGAUCCUGCACGCGCGGGGACAGAAGAUAAACCUCAUAAAGUCCUGGUAGAGAAAAUGCACCAAAACCAAAUUAACAGCAACAUCAAGCAGCUAAGGAUGAUUUUAUAUCCGCUCAUGCAGAUACCUGAAGAACAGGCUGUCAAACUGGAGAAUGCUGACAUUUUAGAAAUUGCUGUGACGUUGCUCAGGCAGAAGGCCUGUUCGCAUGCAAAUUCAAGUUUUGCAUGUGGCUUCUCACAGUGUUUGCAUGAGAUGCUGCGCCAUGUAUCUCUACACGCUUACCUGCCACCAAAAGACAGAGAAGAAAUCAAACGUUUCUAUGUGCUGCAGAGAACAAGUCUGAGGCUGGGCUCAGUGUUUCCAAAUAACUGCCCCAUUUCUUACAGAUCACUGAAACGAACAGCAUCCAGGAACCGAGUGACACUAUGGAGACCAUGGAAGACAAAUUAACAGUGUGUGCAGUCCAGCCUCCUAUUUAUC